CUGCUCGCUGCUGGCUGGUCUGGCUGAUUAGUUUAGUUUGUGAUUUCAAUAUAUGUAAUUAAUUUUUGUUUCUGUAGCGGUUCGGACGGACGCGUCGCGACGUUCGCUUGGCUCGCUCGCUUGCUGCUUCACCGUCGCUGUUUCCCCGUUUCGUAUUCUCGCACUCGCACUCGCAGUCGCAGUCGUACUCGUAUUCUUAUUUAUUAUUUUUAUUUUUUGCGUGUGCCAGUGGCAGCAGCAGUGCCAGUGGCAGUGCCAGAGCCACAACCAGAGUGUGUGUGAGUGAGCGGCCUAAGGCUCUUCCUCUUCCAGUGCUUGCCUCGCCGCUAAAAUGCAAAGAACACGCUCGAGAAGCGUAAAUGGCGCCGCGCUAACCAAUGGAAUUGGAAUAUCAAACAGUGCCCCCCGAGCCCCAUAAAACGGCGACAAAAUCGGAAACAAAACACGGAUAGACCUCGGGAGAGAAACGGUCUCAAGCGACAAACAAACCCGAAACAGUUGCCGAUUCUUUUUUUUCGAGUGUGUGAGUGUGUGAGUGUGUGCCAGUGUUGUGGAGGAAACAGUUUGGAGUUUGGAGCAGAAGACGUCGCCACAAGAAAGCACAACGAGCGAACACUUGCUGUGGAAACUGAAUGGCAGUCCGGCACAAGCAACAACAACACAAACAAGUGAACCAACAAUAACAUCAACAACAACAACAACAAAGUGUAACCACAACAAAACCAACAACUAAAUACCUCCAGCUGUACAAAUAUUCAUUGAUAUUUAAAAACUAAAGAAGCAACCAGCACGAUACCAAAAUAAAAACAAUAAAAAAGUGCGCGAAAUUGGUAGAAAUGUUUGAGAAAAUACUAGACGAGAAACUCGUUGACUAAAAUACACAGAAAGAAAUACCUGAAGGAAGAGUUUUAGGUAGAAUUAAAAAAACAAUUUUUUUUUUUUUAUUAUUCUUUUUUUUUUUUAAAAUAAAGUACAAAGGAUCACAAAGAACAGAAAUUACAAAGCAGACAACAAAAGAGAGUCGCAACUGCACGAGCUGAUAUCAGUGGGACAGAAGAGCAGAAACAAACACAAAAAUAAAACAAGAACCAGAACAAGAGAAAGAGUAAGAGCAAGAGCAAGAGCAAGCGAAGCAAAACAAAGUAAUACAAAAUAUAUAAUUUCGCCAAUAUACAACCACCCCUCCCGCCUAGCCACCCAGCCAGCCACCCCCUCGCAGCCCAGUGGCAGACGAAGCGAGACAGAGAGCAGGCGAAAUAAACAAACCGCAGGCCGUGCGAGUGCAAGAGUGAGCGGGAGAGCCAGAGUUGGGCUAACGGGCUAACGGGCUAGAGGACGCGGGAGAUACCGUUGCCCUUGGCCAACAGUGCGCCGGAAGGAGGAGAGCGAAGGAGAGACAGGGCGAGUGAGCGAAAGCUUCAUGCAGAAAAACAAGAAACAGCGCAAAACAUAUGGAGAACAUGGAGGGUGCGAGUCGCAGAAGAAACUCCUCCACGAGCCAAGGUCACGGUCGCCACGGCCAGGUCGGCCAGGACGUUGAGGAUCUCAAGCCAGACAUUCCCUACUUCGACGACCCCCCAGCAGAGGGCUCCGCAUCCGGAUCCGGUUCGGGAACCGCCCCCGGCCUCGCCACGGACUACGACGCCGAGCUCCUGGCUCUGGGAAAGAACGAGUGCGAUCUGGACAGCCUCCCGUGGGACACUGCGCCGGACACCGACGUGGACGCGGAUGCGGACGAGGAGAGCCCAGCUCCGCGGCUGGAGAAAGUGCAGCAGGCGGACAUGGACGACGACAACUUCCCGGACGACAACGAGAGCUCGGUGAUGGGCAGCGACUACGCCCCCAGUGGGAGUGGCAGCGGGAGCGCCGCCAACAGCUUCUACCAGUCGCCCACGCCCUCCGCCGCGGGCUCCCUGUCCGGCUCCGGCUCCGGCUGCGACCUGAUGCUCCGGCCGCCCUCGAGCUCCAUGUACCACUACAACUACCGCUCCCCGGGCUCCAUGCCGCUGGCGAUGCCGGGCUCGGGCAACGGUGGCUCCGGAGGCGGACGCAUCUACGCGUAUCCACAUUCCCCGGCGCCACCGCCGCCCGCCUUCUGCCCGAACAUGUGGUACCCGAACGCCCCGUACGGCUCUGGGAGCGGCGGCGGCGGUUCCGUGACCGGGGGCCGGUACAUGGGCUACGGCGGGUCGGGCAACGGCGGCGUGCCGGGAGCAGGCCCCGGGCCUGGGCCCUACGGCAGCCACCCGGCCGGGCACAUGCACCCGGCGAUGCACCACCAGUAUCCGCCGAGCCACCCCCACGGGCAUCCGCAUCCGCAUCAGCACCCGCACCUCCACCACCAGCAGCACCCGCACCACCAGCAUCCGCACGACACCAUGAUGGAGAUGUUCCAGCUCUCGAACAGCGGCCGAGAGGCGCGAAACAGGGCGGAGAAAAAUCGGCGGGAUAAACUGAACGGAUCCAUCCAAGAACUCUCUACCAUGGUGCCACAUGUGGCGGACUCUCCGCGUCGAGUGGACAAAACGGCGGUGUUGCGCUUUGCCGCCCAUGGACUGCGCCUCAAGCACGCCUUUGGGAAGACGCUGCAGCUGCAUCGGCCCCAGGUCACGGACACGCUGAUGAGCAUGCUGGACAGCUUCUUCCUGACACUCACCUGCCACGGGCACAUCCUGCUGAUCUCGUCGAGCAUCGAGCAGCACCUGGGCCACUGUCAGACGGAUUUAUACGGGCAGAGCAUCAUGCAGAUCACACAUCCCGAGGACCAGACCAUGCUCAAGCAGCAGCUGAUCCCCACGGAGCUCGAGAACCUCUUCGACGCCCAUCCGGAUGCGGAUGCAGAGGGGGAACCGCGCCAGAGAAGCAAGGCCGAGGAAGAAUACAUCGAUCGGAAGCUGCACGAGGACAGGCGCAGUUUUCGAGUGAGGUUGGCGCGGGCCGGUCCAAGAUCGGAAGCCACCACCUACGAAGUGGUCAAGAUCGACGGCUGCUUUCGGCGGAGCGACGAAGCUCCGCGGGGCGUGAGAUCCAAUACCUUCACCUCCAGUCUGCAGCUGAUCAGAAGGACUCGGAGCCGCGACGAUGCGACGAUUCCUCUGCACACGAUCAGCGGAAACGACAUAGUUCUAACUGCCUGCGCCCGGAUAAUCCGUCCACCGAAGAUCGCCAGCCGGCAGAUUGACGCCAACACCCUGGAGUACAAGACCCGCCAUCUGAUCGACGGCCGGAUCAUCGACUGCGACCAGAGGAUCGGCAUAGUCGCCGGCUACAUGACGGACGAGGUGCGCAACCUCAGUCCGUUCACCUUCAUGCACAACGACGACGUGCGCUGGGUGAUCGUAGCCCUGCGGCAGAUGUACGACUGCAACAGCUCGUAUGGGGAGUCCACCUACCGACUGUUCACCCGGAACGGUAACAUCAUCUACCUCCAGUCGAAGGGCUAUCUGGAGAUCGACAAGGAGACGAACAAGGUGCACUCGUUUGUGUGCGUGAACACCCUGCUGGACGACGAGGAGGGCAAGCGCCGUGUGCAGGAGAUGAAGAAGAAGUUCUCGGUGAUCAUCAACACGCAGAUCCCGCAGUCCACAGUCGAUGUGCCGGCCUCCGAGCACCCGGCCCUCCUCGAGAAGGCUGUGCUGCGCUUGAUCCAGAACCUCCAGAAGUCCGAUCAGGAAGGAGCCCACAUGGGAGAGAUAGAGGCCGAUGAGUACGUGGACGAGGAAGACGAUGACGAGGAGGACCAGGACGAGGGUCCAUCCGACUUCGGGGACUCGUACUCGGCUCACCAGCAGCAGCCACAUAGUCAUCCGCAUCAAACACAGCAGCCGCAGCAGUUCCACCCCGUCCGCUCUCACCAUGGCCCCAUGAUGGCGAUAUCCUCGCACGGGCAAGGUAGCUCCAAGACGCCGCCUCUGGCCUUGGUGCCCCCGGAAGCGUCCUCGGUCAAGUCCUCUAUAUCCAAGAGCAUUAGCGUGGUAAACGUGACGGCGGCAAAGCACCUGCGGGGAGCCCAGUCCGGAUCAGCGGCCAAGUCGCCCAGCUCCUUGGGCAGCUGCACCUGCAGCGACGCUCACUCACCAUGCGACGCUUGCUUGGGCCCACUCACGCCCGAUCCGGCCAUGACCGUGGGGUCCAUGAAGAGGAGCAGCACAGCCCUGGCCGAGACCGAGGAGAAGGGUAUCAAGCGGCGCUUCAUACCCAGCACAGAGAUCGAGCACGUCCUGAACACUUCUUUGCACCAAAUUGGGAAGAAGCUGACCCAGCAACUUAAUGUGGCCAGAAAUCUGCGGGAGCAGGGUCAACGAUACGAACUGCCCCACGCCGCUCAGAGAUUCAACGAGAUCAUGCAGGAGCACCAGAAACAGAGCGAGCUGUUUGUGAACAUCAAGAGCGAGUACGAGGUGCAGCUGCAGAACAAGGCCAGUACCAGGAAGCCCUCGGGAUCGGACGAUAGGGACCGCGACAGGGACCGUGACCGGGAUCGGGACCGAGAUGAGGAUGAGAGUACGGACCAAGGCUAAGGGGAGGGAGCGAGCAGCUCUCGACUGAAGGGUUUCAUCGAUGUGAUAACUGUCCUGGCAGCCUGCUCAGUUCCCCUCAAGAAUGUGCUGCGUCAGAAGCAAGUAAUGCGGCCACUGAUUGCAGACUCGAGUGCAGAUUGAUAACUAUAACCCCAACCUAUGAGUGAGCCUGAGACAAACAUACUUUAGACGCCCCGCCCGCAUACACGCACACCCACAGUGUUUGUUCAGUUUUUGUUUUUAACAUAGGACUUUUACGUGCAUGUAGAACUAGUUCCUCGUACUAGCGAUAUGAACUCGGUGUCGAGGACAGUGCUUUAUUUGCUAAACGAUUUUAUGUCUCUAAAAGAAAGCUAUAACUAAUGUAAGACACCGCCCCCGAGAAGAUUUUAACAUUUUAGGACCGAUAUUGAUGGGGAGUGAUUGAAGGCGGAAACGGAAACAGAAAGGAGGCGGAUCGUUCAACAGAAAAUACGGAGUGAAGAGCAGAAUAAGGAGGUCUAGCAUAAACGGGAGGAUAUAAACAAUUAUUAGGCUAAUUGGAUUAUACAUUAAAUAUACUAUAUACCUACGUACCAUAUGUUGUGCGCCAAGAAGCGCAUAGCCCCAACUAAACGUGAUAAAAGACUGUUACCAACUACAUACACACACAUACUACAAACCUCGAUACACACGCAUAAAUCUUACUAGGACCGAUCACACACCCACUUGUGCGUUUGGCAUAUAGUUAAAUUAAAUUUACUCUACGAACACUUUUUAUAGAUGUUUAAUGUUGUUAUGCUAUAAGUGAGAGAGAUCCUGGAAUCGUAUUCCCAUCCGGAUGAAACUAUAGAUUUUGGCCAGCACGGUGCCCUAGAAACAUGAGCGGAAUUUGCAGUGAGCCAAGUACAAUUUACACUGACAAAAACAUAUACAUACUUAGUUGCAUAUAUGGUUCAAUGUAAACUAAUUCAAAUCGCUGCGAGAAACCCCCACACACACAGAAAACAACUGAAAAAUCUACAGAAAAAAAAAAGAGAUGAGAACUCUGUUAAAUGUUUGUUAUGCAUUUGUUUUUUUAUCUAAAUUAAUCUUAAACUAAUGUAUUAAUGAAUAAACAUGUGUACCUACAUACAAAACAAUGAAAGCCGCCGAUUAUCCCUUUUUAAAUCAUAUUUUCAAAUCUUCAGUACUGGAAAACUUUAGCGGGCUUUCACAAUACUACUAUCGAUAACUUCAAUGGGGUUGGUAUUUAAUCUGGUAUUAAUAACGGUCAUCUCUAUAUGCAUACCAUCCCUAAUUUUAAGAGAUGUCAACUUUGGGUCUAAAAAUAUCGAUGUUUUAGUACAUUAGUGUUGUGAAGUUCGUUCUUGCCUCAAUGUGACCAAACAAGAAAUAUCAGCAAAUGUUACGAUAUUUUUAUCGAUAUAUGUGAUUAUUGACAUCCCUGCUCUGGUAACUCUAAAUUAUAAAAAAACACCUAAUUUCUAAUUUCGAGUGUCGGGUCUGUAAAAAGUGUCGGAAAAACUACUUUAUCGCGCAGCUUGGCGGACGCAAAUCGCAAAACGCACCUGCAUCGAGCAGAAAACGAGCUCGGAGUUGUAUACCGCAAAAACAAUCAUAAAACCCAAACGAGAAAACAGUGAAAAGUAAGGAGCGAAAAGAAAGAACGAAACGCCGCACUGCCGAGCAAAAGAAUUGUGCAAAAUGAGUGGGGAUGUGGCUGCCGAGAAUGGUUGAUUUUCACCACGUGGUGAGCGGAGCAGCAACAAAAAGAAUAAAAAACUCGAAAAGUGUCAGAAGAG